ACCCAUGGCCUGCUUGGUGCCCCUGUCCUCCUCUCCCCCUCUUUACACACCAGCAGUGUCCUCUCCCUGUCAGCUGAGCAGCCAUGUUGAAAAUAAAAAAACGCAUGAGAUACAGCUCGCUGGUUGUCGCCGCUGCGAGGCUGUUUUCCUCCGGUCCCGCCAAGAACCCAGUCGUGUUUCUGGACAUCGAGGCAGACAGUGAGCCUCUUGGAAGAGUAAUCAUUGAGAUAACGGCGGCAGCGCAUUGGGAGACGACUAAUUUCACAGAGAACUUCAGAGCACUCUGCAUUGGGGAACAUGGCUUUGGAUUCAAGGGAUCUGUGUUUCACAGGGUCAUACCUGGGUUCAUGUGCCAGGGUGGGGAUUUCACCAAACACAACGGCACAGGGGGGAAAUCUAUAUAUGGGAAUACGUUCAAAGAUGAGAACUUCAAGUUAAAACACACUGGUCCAGGAACUCUUUCAAUGGCAAAUUCAGGGCCAAACACCAACGGCUCCCAGUUCUUCAUAUGCACGACUAAAACUGAAUGGCUUGAUGGGAAACACGUGGUGUUUGGGCAGGUGAGGGAAGGUAUGGAUGUGGUCACCAAGAUGGAGUCCUUUGGUUUACAUGACGGCGGUGUGAUCAAGAAAAUUGUCAUCAUUGACUGUGGGGAGAUCAAAUAACACCAGAGAUCACACAUGGACUUGUCCACUUCCACAUGACUGUCGGAAGACUCAGUAUGCAACCAUUUACUGCUUACUUUAUCUUUUGCUCUGUAUUCAUUAUACUUUUGAGGAGGAGCUGUUUCCCCUAAAAUCUGUUAUUUUCACCGUUGAUUAUGAUGUUAAAUGAUCCAUGGAUUUAUUUAUAUAUAGAUAUAUUUCUUGCCCAAAAUGAGGUAUGAAAUGUUUAUAUUGUGUGAUUGUUUAUAAAUGAUAUUAAUAAUGGAAAGACUGGGAGUUGCAUUGAUACAUUUUUAUGUUAGUUGUGGCAGAUAUCCUGCUUUCUCUCUUUUUAACUUGGGCCAUCUACUUUGUGUACUUUUCUUUCUUCUUCUACUUUAGUUCUUUGUCAUCCACUUUGUAAAUUGAUGUUAUUGUGUAGUUACUCUCCAUUUACUGCCAAAUAAAUGACCAUUUUCAGAUUUUA